GUUCCACAGACGUUAACCUCGCCUCCAGCCUCAGUCGUUCCGUUUUUUGACCCAUGUGAGCUUCCGUACUUGACGGGAGCGUUCGCUUUCAGGAAGUAGCUAACUUCCAUUCACAACAACAGCUACUUACGCACUUUUCGUGACAAAUUAUAACAAAAACAUUUCCCCUCAAAUGUUCUCAGUGAAUUGGACCGGAACACCGGAUACUUUGGAUGUGCAGACGACCCACGAGCCGAGCGGACGUGUAGCACCGGGACAGUUCGGACCGUGUCCGCCGUUUGAAGCGCUCAGCUAACGUUUGUUAGCCCAAACAGCUAAUCUUACAGUAAACCGAGCCGAAGCCGAGUUUAACUGAGCUGAGCUCAGACUGUGAGCCGAGUUUAACUAAGCUGAGCUCAGACUGUGAGCAGAGUUUAACUGAGCUGAGCUCAGACUGUGAGCAGAGUUUAACUGAGCUGAGCUCAGGCUGAGCCGAAGCCGAGUUGACUGCUGUGACAGUGGAGCAGUGUUGACACAGAGAACAAUGCCUCGCUUGCAGUCCGGCGUUUGGAAGCAUUUCACCCCAGCUAUCAUCGAUGGGAGGGAAACCGUCAUGUGCAACUACUGUUCAAAGACAUACACGAAGAAUGCCACCAAGAUGCAGAUGCAUUUGGACAAAUGUAAGGAGUACUCGCAGCAGCAGUCACCAGGCCCGGAUGGGAGCUCCUCUGCCUCCAUCCCUGUCCCCUCCUUCUCCUUCUUACCAUCCUCCUCUCCCGGGGGACAGUUCCUCAUCGAUUCGGUGGAUCAGCGCAGCCAGGCGUAUGCGGACGAAAGCCUGGCGAGGGCCGUGUAUGCCACGUCCUCACCCCUCACUCUCACGGACAAUAUUUACUGGAAACGAUUUUUCAGUGUGCUGCGGCCUGCUUACUGUCCACCCACCAGAGAGGCAUUGUCCUCCCAUCUCCUGGACUGUGAGUAUGACAGAGUACAAAGCCAGGUUCAUGAGGCUGUAGGGAAAGCAGACUCUGUCACCAUCAUGUGCAGUGGCUGGUCUAACAUAAAAGAAACAGGAACUAUCAUUUAUGUCGUUGCAACUCCCGUACCGCUGUUCUACAAGUGCACAAAGACAAAGGAGCAGACGCACGUGAGCACGUUUAUCGCUGAGGAGCUGAAGGAUAUUAUAAAUGAAGUGGGGCCACAAAAGGUCUUCGCUGUCGUCACCGACGACGCCCCGGAAAUGAUGGCAGCUUGGGCUCAAGUAGAGGAAGCCUUCCCGCACAUAUCUGCCAUCGGCUGCACGGCGUGCAGCGUCCAGCAGCUCUUUGACGACGUGGUUGCACAGCCAUCCAUGAAGGCUCUGUGCAGGAGAGCUGAGCAGGUGGUGAGGUACGUUAGAGAGCGGAAAAGAUUAGCAGAGACGUUCAGAUGCUGGCAGACCACAAGAAACCACCCUGCUAACGGGACAACGCUGGUGCUGCCUCACAGCUCUGACUGGACCGGUGUGUGUAACAUGUUCAGUAGCCUCCUGGAGGGUCAGACCGCUCUACAGGACAUGGCCGUUUCACCCACACUAGACAUUGAAGCAUCCUUCAGGGCCACAGUUCAGGAUGCAACGUUCUGGAAGGGGUUAAGCAGCAGUCAGAAUCUGCUCUACCUGAUUGGUAAUUAUGUUAAUUACAUGAAGAGAGAAGACACUGCACUCUCUGGUGUGGUCGACAUGUUCAGUCAGUUAAGAUACCACAUCGGAGCUUUGCUGUCCGGGUCGGUGCUGCACAGCACUGAACAGAAAGCCGUCAUGGCGAUGUUAGACAGAUGUCAGGAGUUUUGCGUGAAGCCCAUCCACGCAGCAGCAUACAUGCUGGAUCCAAAACAUGUCGGACAGCAGACACUCUCCGGGGAGCAGAUCAACAGCGCCUACUACGUCAUAUCCAACCUGUCGCACCAUCUAAACCUCGACGAGGGUAAAGUGCUCGGCAGCUUCGCCAGAUUCUCAGCCAAGCAGGGACUGUGGAAGGGGGGCGGCAUCUGGAGCUCAUGCCAGCAUGUGUCUGCAUCCACCUGGUGGAAGGGGCUGUGUUCCUCCGAGCCGCUGUCCGCCGUGGCCUCCGCCAUACUCCAGAUCCCACCAACAACAGGCGCGUGCGAGGGCCUCCAGUCACGCUUCCGCAACACACAGGUGCAUGGCUCUCUUUCAGCUGACAGAGUGCAGAAACUGCUGGCAGUACAGGCCAAUCUGAACCUCUUGGAGCCCAGUGACUGUGAGUUUGCUCCACUGGAGAGCGAGGAAGACAAGAAAGUUUCAUUUCAGUCUGAGACUCAGUAAGACCAAGUUAUCACAUGGAUUUAAAAGGAAAUUAAAUAUUCAGACAGCUAAUCAAAUAAAAUUUCCUGUGAAAUGCAGUCUGAGCACGCUCAGCUAUGAUUGCACUGUGCUCACAGUCCUGUGGAAAUCUGAUGCCUUCAUGUUUGAAUCAUUUACAACACAUACUCUACAUACUGUUGAUUUUUCUAUCAUUUAUUAUCAGCUUCAUAAUCAUAAGAAAUAUUAAUGCACUAACAAGAGGUCUAAUGUUCUCUGUUUUUACAGUGUGUAAAUAAAAGCAUUGUAUUUAUUGAAGAGAAACUUUUCGUCUUUUCUGACUUCAAACCCAGGAAAACUCACUGCCAAUAGUUUCACACUUUGGGAAUACGCUUUCCUUAUCUGUCUUUUUAUUGCACGUGAAAUGACAUAACAUGACAUAACAACAUAAAUGUACCAUACAUUAGGAACACACACUAGGAGACGCUUCUGCAGUUUCAGUUCCAACAUAGAAUCGUGUCCUCACAUCCUCAAAUAUUUCUUCCUCCUUUU